AUGUCAUUGUCGCGACUAUUUCUGCCGAUUUGGCGGGACUUGAAAAGUACUAACGAAAUGGUAACAGCACUGGACGUUGCACUSAGGGAACAGUACGAACUGAUACCACUGACCAGAUUUCAGCAGCUGUUGUAUCGGUUUCGUACGGAAGACACUAUGAAUAAUGUGAAAAUUAUUAUCAAAAUAUUGCGAACAAUCAAAGAGAUGCUCUACGGAUCCAUUACCGUUGAACCCGAAUCGGAUAAUACGACCUUUCAUUUGGUAUCCGAACUGAUCAAUCGUAAUCUACUGGUGCUGUUGGUCGACAAACUACCGGAGAUGCCGGUCGAAGGUCGCAACGAUAUUACACUGAUCUUUGACUAUGUUAUUGGUCAACAAGUGGGCACUCAGUUGAUUACUGUCAAUCAUAUCCGACAAAAUCCGUCAAUACUUCAGCGAUUAAUCAAUUACUAYAGCGAUCCWGAAUUGGUUCCAUAUGUCGGACAAAUACUGCGGGGAUUCUUGCGUUUCGAGUGUCUGACAAAACAGCUGUUUGGCCGACAAACCGACGACCGAAAACYRCAGACAAAAUAUUAUCUCCAGUUCUUUGAUUUGAUUCUACAAACAGAUCUGUUUGUUGUCAGCAGCGAUGUCUUCCUGACACUACACGAACUGUUUGCCCGAUUCAAGACAAUGGCYAAAGUGUCGGUUCAAACCGAUAGCGAURUUGUUAUCAGAAAACUUAAUCAAUUGCUAACCUCUGAUGACUAUUCAAUCAAAAGAGAAACAAUUAGUUUGGUUAAGGAUUUGCUUUACGAUCGAAGUCAUCAAACAGUUAUGAAAUUAUACAUCAAAUCUGUGGAUAACUUGAAGAUURUCGACACACUAAUGAAAUCUGAUUGUUGUUAUACAGCUAUCGAUGGAUUUAUUGUGUUUUAUUUGUUUGUCGCAAAUCCCGAUAAGGAUCCCAUUGUUGAGAAAUAUCUGGCGGACAAUAAAAAACUUUAUUACCAGACAAUUGACAAAUUGUUUGAUAGCAACAAAUUGAAAGUAAUUGGCAAACGAUAUGCCAGUCUUAAAGACAAUAUCUAUAAGAGAUUCAAAGGAGAAAAAAUUGUGGCCAAAGAUGACAAGGAAGACGAAGACGAAACGUUAAUUAAAAACAAUUGA